AUGAUGGGCGAGGCGCUCGACUUCGCGGCGAUGGAGCGCUACCGCUUCAAGGACGACGGGCUGGUGACGCGCACGUCCACGGACCAGGAGGAGUGCGAGUCCAGCUGCAGCCUCUUCUUCUUCCCACUGCCGGAGCUGCCGCUGGAGCAGCAGCUCCAGCUGCAGCAGCUGAGCUUCGUCAACACGGACCUCGAGCCUCUGCUGAUGCGCGAGAAGCACAUUGCGUACUUGAAGCGCGGCCUCACUCGCCUGUCAGCGGGCUUCGUGGCGCUGGAUGCAAGCCGCCCGUGGAUUAUCUACUGGAUUCUGCACGCCUUGGAGCUGCUGGACGCACUCCUGGAGGAGGAGAUCGAGCGUGCCAUCGCAACACUGAAGAUGUGCUGGAACGACGAGCGUGGCGGAGGUUUCGGGGGAGGUCCCAAGCAGCUGGGUCAUGCAGCCACCACCUACGCGUCGUGCUUGACGCUCGCUCUGCUCGGAACGCCAGAGGCGUUGGAGACUGUGGACCGUCAAGCGCUCUACCAGUUCUUUCUGUCGAGGAAAGACCCGGUGACCGGCGGCUUCACCGCUCACGAUGGAGGUGAGGUGGACUCUCGGAUGACCUACUGCGUUAUCUGUAUCUCCAGCCUGUUCGGCAUCUUGACAGAUGAGCUGAAGGCGGGUGUGGUGGAUUACGUACUGUCUUGCCAGACGUACGAGGGAGGAUUCGGUGGUGAACCGGGCAACGAGGCCCACGGCGGGUUGGCGUUCUGCUCACUGGCGACGCUUUACAUUUUGGAAGCUCUCGACCAGAUCCGGGACUUGCCGGGACUUCUGCAUUGGCUUGCCAACCGGCAGAUGCCUUUUGAAGGCGGCUACCAGGGACGCACCAACAAGCUCGUGGACGGAUGCUACAGUUUCUGGCAAGGCGCAGUGCCGGCGUUGCUGGCGGACGUUGUGCGGCAGAAGUAUGGCGAGGAUGUGCCGUACCAAUGCCACCAGGAGCAGCUGCAAAAGUACAUCCUGCUUUGCGGACAGGAGAUUUCAGGUGGACUGCGUGACAAGCCCGGAAAGCCUCGCGACCAUUAUCACUCGUGCUAUUGCCUCAGUGGUCUGUCGGUAGCUCAGCAUGGAGAUGGCAAGGGUGAACCGGUCGUGUUUGGAGAUGCUUCCAACCUGGUGGCGCGCACGCACCCAGCGUACAACAUCGGCUACGACAAGGCAAUGAAGGCGAUCGAGUACUUCAAGGCUAAGGGACCCUUCCAGCCUGAGUAAGCCGGGUAGCCACGGGACACGGCACACACGAGGCGUAUAAAGUUUUCCUGGUCAAUGAGCUAUCCAUCAGCCAAGCCAUGGCCUGGGUGGGUAUUUCAAUGUGUG